UGAUGUCUUAUCAGUAUCGCUGUGGGAGUCAUAGCCGUCUCAAGUGCUGGCGCAAGUGCGAAGGAGAGAACUUUUCGAAAGGACCUUUCUUUCUUCGAAGUCUUCAGCGGAGGACUCGCGGCGAGGGACACGCCUCCGCCGCCAGGGAAGUGCUGUUUACGGGGAGGGACGGAAGGAGCGCCACGAGCCCCUGCGCCCUUUCUCCAAGGAAGUCAACACCCGAGGGCGCUCGACUGCAGGGCUCCCAACGCUAUCGAGUGUCGAGUUCCGACGAAGGGUAAACAACCCCGACAAGAAAGGGGCGGCAGAUGAGGACGAGUUCAGAGGGAGCUCCGUUGUAACCCAACCUGAAUAAGUUGCUCGCGACUGCUUUCUGCGUCACGAUAUCACAAGGUUUCCAUUUUCGUCCUUAAUUACAAGUACCGAAAGCCGACAUGAUGUCUACUAAAGAACGCUCUGUGUUCGGUCUCUUCAAGUGGAGAAUCAGCGCCAUCUUGGUCAUUUAUGUUUCUCUCCCUUUCGCCGCGUCACAAGCAUCCUCAGCUUGCUACGAGCACUUCCAAGUCGACGGCCAGGUCUCCGAAGGCUACGGCGAAAAUGUCUACGUGACGAAAUCCGACAUACCCGAGACCCUGGGGGUAGGGGAGCUGCUGUACACGCUCACCUGGGAGAGCGGCGGCUCCCCCAACACGUCUGACAGUACGACGUUCAUGGAGUACUUCGAAUUCGACGAGAGCGAGACGAAUACGUGGAAAGUGAAGGUCAAGAAGUCGCUGGAAGGCCUGCCUGACUACCCCGUUAGCACGGUCUUAAUGAUUACGAACAUCGAGUUCUCCGGAUACUCACAAACGUGCAACGUCCAGCUCAAACACAACUUGAAGGACGAGAACACUGCCCCCCCGCAGUUCGACUCCCCCUCCUACGUCGUCAGCAUCAGGGAGGACUACCCGGUCGAGCUGGACAUCGCCGAUCUGCAGAUAAAAGUGAACGACUUCGACAAAGACUCUCCGAACAACCAGUUUGCCGUGGAGGUCGAGGGCAGCCAGUGUCCUCUGAAGGCCUCGCAAGAAAAAUACACAAGCGUCGAAGGAGCCCAGACCCUCGUCUUGCUGUGGCUGACCAGUGAGUUAGAUUAUGAGGAACAAAAGCAGCUCACGUGUACACUCAGAGCUCAGGACUUGGGCACGCCAUCUCUUACGACCACUGCUGAUCUUACGGUCAACGUAGAGAAUCGCCAAGACGAACCUCCAGUAUUUGGUUACAAGUUCUACUACUCCACCCUUGAGAGCUCUUUAGCCGGGGAGGUCCUCGAUGUGAAACCAGAGGCGAUUCUUGCAGAAAAUGUCGAAGGCACUGGAGUGACUUACUCCAUGGAGAACGCGCGCAGUGACGUUAACGGCUUGGAGUACUUCGCCAUCGACAUUAGCACCGGGGCGGUCAGUGUGACGAAGGAUAUCGAGGACAGCUUCCUAGAACUCGAAAGAGUCAGUUUCAUCCUGAAGGCUGAAACCACGACCAGCGGCGGCGGCGCAGAUUUUUCUGCGCUGGAGGUGACCUUGCCGCCCGUACCGACCACCACCCCGCCGCCCACCACCACACCCACCACGACCACACCACCGCCCACCACAACCCCCACCGUGGCGACGUGCCCCGCCUGCACGUGCCCAACUAUCGAGUCCACCUCGCCCUGGCCAACCACAACGCCGGCCACGUGCCCGCCCUGUGAACCCAGCACCACCGAGGCGGUGACGUGUACGCCGUGCGCCACCAGCACCCCUUGCCCGACCUUGCCCACGGGUGAGUCGACCGUCGCUGCCACGGAGUGCCCUACCUGUGCCCCGUCAACACUCUCAAGCUGGCUGUCCACCCUUGCCAGCACCGCCUCAUGCCCACCCUGCCCUACCACCGCCGCGACAGGUACUACCACCACCCCUCAUGAUACCGAGACUCCCUACACAUCAGAUGCUGCCUCGUGCCCACCUUGCCCCACCACAGCCAUGCCAGGCACAACCAUCACUCCUACAACUUGCCCAACAACAUGCCCCGAAUGCCCUUCCACUUGCCCUUCAACGGAAGGACCUACAACAUGCCCCGAAUGCCCCACGACCUACCCCUCCACAGAAACUCCUACAACAUGCCCUGAAUGCCCCACGACUUGCCCUUCUACAGAAACACCUACAACAUGCCCCGAAUGCCCCACGACCUACCCCUCCACAGACACUCCUACAACAUGCCCCGAAUGUCCCAUAACUUGCCCUUCCACAGAAACCCCUACGACAUGCCCUGAAUGCCCCACAACUUGCCCUUCCACAGAAACCCCUACGACAUGCCCCGAAUGCCCCACGACCUGCCCUUCCACAGAAACCCCUACAACAUGCCCCGACUGCCCAACGAGCUGUCCUGAGUGCCCGACAUCUUGCCCAUCCACAGAAACACCCACCACUUGCCCAUCUGUCACUUGCCCCUCGACCGACCAACCUCCAGGGCCCACGCUGACCUUCAAGAAAGCCUCGUAUGCAGGAGAAAUUUUCGCCACGACUUCCCGCGUCUGGACGGUCGGGGUCGUUGAAGAAAACGCAGACGUGACAUUUUCCUGGGAGGGAGGCGAGGACGAAAACUUCGCGAUCGACGCCAAGACCGGCGAGAUCAGCUCCAAGAAGCCCGAACUCGAGAUCAAAGAGUACGGGCUCACCGCCGUGGCCACAGCAGGAGAACUCAGCGACAUGGCGCAGGUCAUCAUCAGGGUCGUCGAACCUUUAGACGCGGAAGUGAUGAUCAAGAACAACCUGAUCCGGGUGGAGGCGGAGGAGGGCGUCGAGGAGCAGGAGCUCGCGGAGAUCGAGGCCGUGGGCGACGUCGCCGAGAUCUGCGUGACCGACGUGACGGCGCCGGCGGCGGAGGGUUUCUUCUCUGUCGAGCUGGUGGACGGCGCGUGGAAGCUGAAGGCGAAAUCCUCGCUGGACUACGAGGAAACCAAGCAGAUCUCCUUCAAGCUCAAGGCCCGGAAGGAGGGCGACGGCGACUGCUCCUCCAGCGGCUUCAGCGACCAGCUCCUCAGAGACGAAGCGCUCGUCGUGGUCACCGUGACGGACGUGAACGACGCGGAGCCGAAGUUCGUAGUUCCUGCGACGCCCCAGACUGUCAUCGCCUACCCUACGGACCCCGCCCUCCAGAAGGUGGUGGGCCCAGUCAUCACUCUGCAGGCGGAAGACGAAGACUCGUUGCCGACGUACAGCCUGGAGAGCGCCGUGGACGGGCUUUGGGUGGACGAGGACACGGGUGCCGUCUACCUGCAGGAGGAGAACGCCUGCGGCCAGGAGUGCGACGUCACCGCCCGGGCCUCCGACGGGGAGCACAGCGCCACUGCCGAGAUCAAGGUCUUGAGUCUGGACAUGGACCACAUCUACUCCCUGACGCUGGACAACGUGAACGUCCCCGAUGUGGACAGCGAACUCGACAGUAUCUCAGCGAAAGCAGGAGUCAAGAUCUCCAAGGUUUAUGUGACCCCCAAAAUCGCGGAGACCAGGACGCCCAGCCGCGCCCAACGCACGCCUCCCGCGGCACGAAGACUCGGCUCCUCUCGCUGGAGUGGCUGGGAGUCUCGGGUUGAAUCCUGGCAGCUGGCGGUUCACGUGUAUGCCGUUGAGGGCGAGCAGCUGAUGGCCCUCGACCAGCUGAAUCAGAAACUGACUGAAGGAAAUACGAACCACGAGGCGAGCUCCUUCGAAGAGAGGGACGCCUUCGACCCGCCGCAGCCCGAGGGUCCGAGCACCGUCGGGUACCAAGUGGCCGUCGGGAUCCUGGGGGCGCUGCUGGGCCUCCUUCUCAUUGCUGCAGGAUUCCUCGCCUACAGGUGGCAGCGAGGCAGGUCCGAUCGGCGGCGCCAGGAACCCAAGGGCAUCAGCACGGUGGGCGGAGCUUACCCCAACCUCUCUUUCAACGACGAGGAGGACAGGACGGACAGCGCCUCGCAGGAGCGCAAGAACGGUUCCCUUGGCGGCGCGGGCGGAGGAGGAGGCUACAAGAUCGACGAGAGACGCGACUCUCCGCCUCUCUUCAUUAGUUCACUCUCAGCCUCCAAGUCGGAGCCGCCCGUGAGCAAAUCCAGCGAGCAGCAGCGCGGGCUGCGGCGCGUGGACCCGGGCAAGCCAGAGUACUACGGCAUGUCCUCCCCGACGCCCCCGCCCUCCUACUCCUCCAACAACGCAGCCUCCUCCUCCUCCUCCUCGAUGUACCCGAACCUCUCUUCCUCCGGCGCGGGCCCCUCCUCCUCCUCCUCCUCCUCCGCGGCCAAACCCAGCUCCUCGUCCUCCUCCUCCAUGUACCCCUCGCUCCCGACGCCCUCCUACCAGAGCCAGAAGUCGGUGAGGAAGGAGCCUCCGCCCCUUGGGUCCGCUCCUGCCAAGUCGAUCCUGCGAGGAACCGCCCCCGACACCGGCCAGGAGGUGCCGCUCACGCUGUUCUCCAGUGGCCAGGAACCCAGCAUGCCAGAGAAGGACUACGACGAAGAGGUUAAGACCUCCGCCUUCAGUGGCCUGAAGAAGUCGCCGCCCCCGAGGAGGGCGUCCACGCACGCGCUGGCCGAGGACGCCGCCGCCGCCGACAGGAAGGAGGACUCCGACCAAGGCGAAGACGACGAACGGAGGAAGUCUGUGGCGUUCAAGAUCAUGGUCGACACGAAGGAGAUCCAGCCAGAGAACGAAGGCCCUGCACAGAAGAAGGCGGCGGCGAAGAGCGACGCCAUGGACAUCCUUGCGGCCAACGCGAAGAAGAUGGCUGAAGAAGGCGCCGACGACGACAGCGACGACGACGUGGACGAGAAAUUCUAAUAGAAAUGUGAUGGUUGAUUAGUGCUUGUAAGAGUGGGUUCGAUGCGAAAGAGGGCGUGGUGGUCUUGAGAAGAAAAUUUCAUCUCUUCGGGGCAAAGAUGGCCAUGACAGCUAAUGGUGGGGGAAGGGGGGGGGGUCAUGAACAAUAAGAUAGUGGUGGAGGAAGCAAGCAUAUCAUGAUGACGCAGGCGUUGUCGUUGCACAAGCAGGAAGAUUAUGACUUGAUAAUAAUGAAGACAAGAAAGGCGUCGAGGCUGAAUGUGGAAGGACAAAAGGACACAGCAGAUGACAGACAUGACAGACAGCGGACGUCACGCCUCCAGCAGGAAGAGUGCAAGACGGGUGGGGCCUGGGAGCACGUCUGGCCUCGAAGGGACAAGGCGAAUGGAUCACCUUUACUCUGAUAUUCAGCUUCUUCCGUUUUGCAUUUGUCUUCUGCAUCUGCCGUUGGAGUGGCUAUGCUUGGGUAAUAUGAUGGUGAACUGUGACGAUAAAUUUCGUUUUACCAUUAUUUGAAGUUAAUUUACAGUUGGUGAAAGGACUAGAUUGGAAGAUAUUAAGUACACUGUGUUGUUCAUGAUUUUUGUAAAGAGAAUUGAUUUAGGUUUUCAUUUGCGUCUUUUAGAAGAAAUUUAUCAUCGGAACUCAAAACUACUGUGAAAUCAUUUUAUGCGUUUGUUUGUCCACUUAUUUGUUAAUUAAACAGUAUAGUUUAUUUACGGUAAAAUAACAGUUCAGUAGGAAAAUACAUAUGGGCUACUAUAUCAACAUGUUACCGCUUACAUACUCUAAUAUCAUAACUUCCAUUGUUGUUUAAAUGUUACUUUUACAUGAUUAUAUAUGAAUUUUAGUUAAAUGUUGUUAAUUAAUCUGUUAUAAAAGUUUAACAAAUA